AAACUCUAAAAUCUUUUUACCUUACCUUCGCCGAAGUAUUUAAGAGGUAAAAUUGUAUCGGUAGAUAUUUUCGGCGUUUCACCAUUUCGUGCUAGAGUUUCAUACUAUCAACAGUUCGCUUUAUUGGAGUGGACGCUAUCGUUUCAAUUACAUGUGUAUUAAUUGGAUGUACAUGUAUUAAAUGAAAAUAUUAGUUUGAAAUGAAAUUAAACUAUAUUUGCUGAAAGGAAAUACAAAUACUUUUGGUAUUAUUUACUUUCAAUUUACAAACGGAUUUACAAUAUUUUGAAAAGGGGGAAACAUUACGUUAACUAUACGUAUAGAUUUUCGGUUUAUAUAAUAAGUAUAUAUUUUUUGAAAUAAAAAUCGAGCUGUAUUACUUGCAGUUGGGGAUUUUCUUAAGUGAACUAGUGAGAAAAAAACACAGCAACAAAAUUAGAACCAUAAAUCUUCUGUUGUGACGGUGCAGCUUUACUCUCUUUGACUUGGAUACACAAUUUUAUGACAUUUUUUGAUAUAUUAGAAACAGUUCGCCAUAAAGUAUGGCAGUUCUUACAUCGGACUUGACAUAAAUUACGGGCGUUUAGUUGUGAAUCAAAUGUUGGAAGAUGGAUUGUAUAUGAUAAAAUAUAUUCGCAUGGAUUAUGUCAUAUUUAAAACUUUAAAAUUUACAAAUAUGUAAUGGUGAAAUCCUUUUGUUAUACAUGUUACAACUGACAUUUGGGAUAAAUUCUGUGCUCGUGUUCAUGAAAUUAUAUUUAUAAUUGGAUACUUACAGGAGUACUGGAAAAUGCAGUUUUACGGAUCUUUAGCACUUCUACUUGCCUUGGUGAUACAGGUCCGGGGCAUUCCUAGAAUCACGCUUGACGAUGAUGCCCCAGCGUUAUGUAAAAAAUACAAAAUGAUGUGUAAAACUGACAAGAUAUGUGCUGUUCAACAUUUUGAUUGGCCUAACAACAUUACCAUCCCUGUGUGUAUACCACUCUCCUUCGUACCAGCUGAAUAUUCACACGUCGUGCGCAAAAUGAUCUGCCAACUUCCGCCCGACACCGGAAGAUGCCAUGCUCGUUAUAUUCGAUGGUAUUACAACAUUCAUGCACAAGAGUGCAGUCAUUUCCAGUAUGGCGGUUGUGAGGGUAACGGAAAUAACUUUAUGAGUAAAAAAGACUGUGAGCAAACUUGUAUUGCAACUCCUUCUAUACGGUUAUACGAAGGAGGUGGCAAUUCUGCUUUAGCACAACCCUCAAUCAUAACUGCGCCUAUAUACGAACCGCCAAAGACGAAAAAGUAUGAGGCAUUAAACUCGGUAAUGGAACCAACAGAUAACUUAAACAGGUAUGAACUAGUGCGACAUAGAACAAACAGAAUUCGCGCCGAUGAGGCGAUAACUAGAACGAGGAGAAGGCUAGACAAAGAGAAAGAGAAAGAAAGGAAGCGACGCGAAAGAAGGAAACUAAAAAAGCGGAAACGUAGAUGUAAGAAAAGGAGAGAAAGGGGAAAGAAAUGUAGAAAAGACAAAAAAGAUCGAAAGAGUAGAAAAAACAAGAAAAAGAAGAAGACUGAUAGUACAGAAGAUAAGAAUGACAUAUCUUCUGAUAAAAACAAUGUAGUUACAGAAGACACAAAUCAGGUUGUAGAGGAAACAAAGAAUAUAAUAAGUAACGAAAUUGAGGCAGUAGAUGAGGAUGAGAAACUUGAAAAAGAAACAAAACGUGAGAGAAAAAGGAGGAAGCGAAAACUCAAGGAAAAGCGUCGAUUGGAGAAGGAAAGGAAUAGGAGAAAUUUAAGCAGUAGGCAUCAAAAGAGAUAUUCCGAACUGGCUAAAAGGCCAGAGUCAUAUUCUAGAAAACUGUUUUCUAUUUUAGAUCAGGGUAAAUCUUUCAGCCAGCAGAAAAACAGUUUGCUUCAUACUCUGUCAUGAGGAAGCCAUCUGGUUUCGAUUUGAUAAUUUGCAAAAUCUUGGUAUUGAAUACUUUCUAACUGUCUACUAGUAUAUGUAUGGCAGUACAACUUAUACACAGUCUUGGAUGAAAACUUUUGAAAGGACUGAAACAACAGUUUAUCAAAUAGCUUUAAACAAACAAAACAAGAUGCAUUUGUCAUGGAUAAACAAUCAGUUUUGUUCAAGGCUUUUGCGAAAAAGCUGAGUUUCGAUUCCUGAUAACUAGACAUACUAUUACGGUGUGAAGCAGGGAUAAAGUGUAGGUCCCUUGGUUUUUAUGUUAUUUUGUGAUAGAUAGCUUUAGACACUGUGUUGCACGUCAGCACAAUACAAUGUGAAUCUAUUAAUAUGUUCAUACUUUCAUGUACCACGGGUAGAGCAGACGAACUGUGUUAAAGAAAUGACACAGGAGAGGAAGUUGUUAUAAAAUGAAAUCUUUAGACAAUAAACGUUGAUAAUUCAUACUAUAAAGACCUUUGUCAGACUCUGAGUAAAGGGAUUCAGAUUGUUGUCCAAAAUGGACGAAAAUUGCCAAAAAUAGGACUACAUCGUGAAUACAACUUACACUGGACUGAGUUUCGUCUGCAAAAACACUUUCAUUUUUUUGUUUUGUUUCGAAAGUAAACGUAAGUUGGUAUGGGAAAGUAAGAACCUGAAACAUGUGAAUUAUAACAUGGUUACUGCAUUAGACUUUAAGAGAUAUUUUAAUGCAGCACGACUAUGGUGUCCCUUGCGGGACAAAACAUGUGGUAAUCUUUAUAUAUAACGUGAUUAUGAUUAUAAAGACCACGUGAUGACAGCAGCGCACUUAAUUGCUAAUGUUUUCAAUAAAGAAGGUUAUUAUAUCUUAAUCAUUUAUAUUGAAUCCAUAUCAUACAUAGGUCAGUACGGUAUUUAAAUUUACCGACGAAAUACUAAUUUUACGUCACAGUGUCUGGCUAGUUUUGCUCUCAGUGCAAGUCAACUCAUUGGCAAGAACUAAGCGAUCCGGGCUCUUUUCAACCGUGUUGAAUGUAUUUAUAUUUAAGAGCAAAAAGUCGGCUUCAUUUUUGUUUGCAUAUUAAAAAUAACACUCCAAAACAACAAAUUGCUGAUGUAAAAAAAUUUUCCACCUGAAACAUAUGUUAUUAUAAUGAUACUGUGACGCGAAAAUUAUUAUUUAUAUAAUUAUAUUUGUGUGUAAUUUAAAAAAAAUGAUGUAAAUAUGAUAAAAUUUUGUAGCUACUCUUAAAGAUUAUUUAUAUAUUACGUCAUACUGUAAAUAAACCAUUUAAAUACUGAUAUGAGAGUUAUUUCACAUUUAAAAGUAAUGACGUUUUUUGUUUCAGUGUGUGCUUUUGAUUAGGUCAAUAACUUGUUCAUGUAUCAGUUAAUGUAGCGGACCCGAAAUGACAGUCGCCAAGUUACGUAUUCUCCGUGUGUGACUUCGGAAUUUUCCGGAAUUUUCCGUUAAUGUACAAAAGCUAUGUGUGCAAUGAGCUAUCGGGGAUGUUCACAUGGAAGUUCUAGAGAAGUGUAGGCUGUUGUGUAAAUUAUACCUACUCCCACCAGUAAAGUAACCGACCAAUCAAAAGUUGGGCCCUGGAAAUAUGUAAAACUUUUUUUCCCUGCACAUUGAACGCUGUGAUGAAAAGCAAGGAGCCAGUAAACGCUACCACGCCGUGGUGUUUGCAGAGUUCAGCUCUUCAACAGGGAAGGUAUGAUUGGUGUACUAACUUAUACCGUUCAAAUGGGUUAUCGAGUAUAGAGUCGGUCUCUACUCUACCCUAGAGCUUCCACGUGAACUUACCCAUAAUGUUGAAUUGCAUUACGAGAAUAUGCAAUCACGCGGAAAUUGUCGAGUUUUAUUACCGGUCCGUUACCUUAAACUGACGGAAAAUAACGUCAGCAAAUGUUCCGUUUAAAAGAAGCAUCAUGUGAAAGAGUUUUACAUGUAUGUUUCAUUGUCCAGCGUCAUAUUUAUCCUAUAGUUUGGGGAUCCCCAAACAUUUACAUUUUGCCUGUAAAAGUGAGAUAGAAUACAUUGUAAAGUAAUUUGAAAACAGUUUUUAUCGUAGGGAAGUUAAUAUGUACAUGUGCGAAAAGGGGACUACAAGGAAAUUUUUCUGUGUUAGUGUUUCGUAUAUAAAUAUUUACUCUUUCGUAAUAAAAUACGUCGUAUAAAGCAUACUUUGAUUAUUAUAUAUUAUAGUGAUUAUUUGACUGGCGUUCAACAUAAAAACUGUUGUUAAAUAUUCAUUCAGCGACCUUGUGUAUUAAAAGCAGGUUUAGUACAAAAAAAAAA